AUGGCCUCCUCUUCGUCACUCCCAUCCAACGUCCACGUCUCAAACCACCCAUGUCUGAAAGCAAAGCUCAGCCUUCUGCGUUCCCAAUCAACCCACGCCAGAGAUACCAAGCAGCUCGUGCAUGAGAUCGCCACCAUCAUCGGCUGUGAAGCUCUCGCUCAUGGCCUUGAAGUAACCGAGACCGGCUCG